AUGCUUGUGCUCAACUCAAACACCGACAUGGAGAUCCCCGGCUUGGACACCGAAGCCUACGCAGCAUCUGUUGAUCAUCUCUCUUCUCUUGAGAAGUUCGGGCGCAAGUGGUAUGCAGCUGGGCUCACGGCUGGUCUCGCCCAGGCCAUGAACGAAGCGGCUACGAACGAAGCUGGAGCUCGUUCUGCCGUCGAACCGACCCUCAAGUCAGACGAUUCCCAGGACCUCGUCGCCGCGCUCAUCAUUCGUAACGAGGAGCUGGAGAAGAAAGUCAAGGAAAUCGAAGAAAAGGACAAACAAAUCGAGAGCUUCAAGACGACCGCGAUUGCUGCACGAGAAAGACUUGUAUCUGCCCAUGCUGCCAUGGUUUCAAUCAUCGAAAGCGCGGCGAAUGUUGCUCCUUAUUGGCUAGCCGGGCGACUUACCAGUGUCGCCUCAGAGAUUGAUGAUCGCAGAAAGGAAUGCAGUAGGCGCAUCGAAAGAGCCUGUCAAGAGUCCAAGAAGCGAUCCAGCGAUUCCCAGGAAACCAGCGGCAAGUGCAGCAAGCACAGGAAGCACGACUAA